AUGAUUUUGCGGUAUUUUCUCUUAGCAUGGGUUUUUCCUGGGGCUUUUGGACUAAUCUUCCCAGAUGAUGGUUUCAAAGCGCCCCCAGUAGAAUCUCGUCCCAAGUUCCGUUACUGGAUUCCUGAUGCCAGCGUGUCUACUAAAGAUGUCCGGAGUGAUAUUUCCGACCUCGCUGCCGUUGGCUCUGGCGGUCUUGAACUACUUCCCUUUUAUUUCUACGGCAAUCCUUCCAACUCGCACACUCCUACCGACUGGACUCAUUUCGGUUUUGGCAUGGAGGCUUUUCAGCAUGUUUUUAGCCAGGCUCUUCAAGCCGCUGUCGACAAUGAAUUGCUCUUUGACUUUAGUCUUGGUGCCAAUCAAGGGCAAGGAUCUCCUAUUAAGCCAGGGACCGAUGGCCUCGCUGUUCAGCUGCAACUUGGAGUUGAGACUGUGAGAUCCGGUACCUGGUUUAAUGGGCUUGUUCCCGGACCGCAAAACCUAACAGACUCCUUGCGGUCCGGUGGGGGGGCCGGGAAGGUGCUGUCUGAAAAAGGAUUGAACGAAACAAUCGUUCAUCCCAAGUUGGUAUACCUGGAUGAAGCAUCAAUGAUCGAUUUAACUCAUCUUGUGCACAAUGAAACACUCAAAUGGGAGACCCCUCGCGGGAACGGCACGUGGAGACUAUUCACUUUCUGGGAAGGUCACACAAAUCAAAUAUCCUGCUUUAAUGGUGAGAAUGGAACGACUCCUUUAGAAAAGGGGUCCUACGUUGUAGAUCAUUUCAGCAAAGUGGGAGCCGAGAUACAUACUCGAUCUUUUGAAAGCCUGGUCCUGAACAACGAGAGUACAAAGGAAAAUUUAAAAUCAAAUGGCAGAUACGCUUGGGAGGACAGCAUGGAGCUUCUCUUUACCCUCCCAUGGACGCCUGAGUUUCUGGAGCUCUUCCAGGCCCAUCAUGGGUAUAGCCUCGUCAAGUAUCUGCCCCUUCUCUUUAACAAGGAGAAUUCCUUUAAUGCCGCAUCUUUACCCUACACAGAAGAGUAUUCCUAUGGAAAUUAUACCAAGUCUGGCUCGAGUAUCCACAGUGUCAGGUUCAGACAAACUCUCAGUCAGUGUUAUCGAGAUUACCUCAAGUACCACACGGCAUGGGCACACCACCUUGGAAUUCAGUAUUCCGCUCAGCCUUCUUAUAAUCUACCUCUCAGCUUUGUGAAUGAGGUCCCGUCAGUUGAUGCCCCGGAGGGGGAGUCGCUUGGAUUUGCGGACAUCAUAGACGCGUACCGUACUCUGUCGGGACCUGCACAGCUGGCAAACAAGAGCGACAUUUCCUCGGAAUGUGGCGCAGAGUUCAAGCCGGCCUACAGUCAGACCAUUCCCGAACUACUCAAAUCAGUCAAGAAGUCUUAUGCAGGAGGGCUGACAAUGAUGGUUCUGCAUGGAAUGGCGUAUAGUGGGGCUUAUGCUAAUACAUCCUGGCCGGGCUAUCAACCAUUUGGCUAUCAGACUACCGACUCUUGGAAUAGGAUCCAGCCAGCAUGGAAGCAUAUGACUGAUAUCAUUGGGUUCAUGGGGAGAACACAGCAUGUUUUGAAAACCGGAGUGCCGCGGGUCGAUCUGGCGUUCUUUGAUUCAAGAACUUUGUGGGAGGCAUCUGUCAUCUACAACUCUGACAAUCUUCAGAAAAGAGGCUUUACAUAUAACUUUGUUGGGCCAGAAAAUUUGUAUCUUCCUAGCGCUUUUGUCACUGAGGGUAUUCUUGCAUCAGAUGGGCCUGGAUACCAAGCCCUUAUCUUCCUCAAAAAUAUGGCCAUCGGCGAUGAAACCUUGUCAAAGAUCAAGGAAUUUGACAGAGCUGGUCUCCCCGUGAUCUUUGUUGGGCCACAAGAGCAUAUUUCAUCACAAGUGAGAAAACACAAAUCUCCAGCAGCAUUUGAUGGGCUGCUCAAACAAGGAAAGAACAUCCAUCAUGUCAAUUCCACAAGUCAGCUACCGGAUCUUUUGUCUCACCUUGGUGUGAAACCGAGAGUUUAUUUUGCUGAACCCACAGACUCAGUCUAUUCAGUACAGCGGGCCGAUUUUACUACCGGAACAGAAUACACCUGGUUCUACAAUAACGGAAAUGCUUCCUCAAGUUUCAUUGCCGAGUUCUCUGUUCCGAAAGAUAUGAAGCCAUUCCUACUCAAUGCAUGGAACGGCGAAAUCAUUCCGCUUGCCACUUACCAACUGACGAGUUCCGGCAAUCGACUUUCACUGACUCUCAACCCGGAUGAAACCAUCAUUCUAGCCUUUGCAGCGUCGGAAACCGAGAACACCUGGGUAACAGAUAUCACAGGCUCUGUUGAAGAGGUAAAGUACACAUGUGACGAACAGAUUAUGGUCAACCUGAAAGGUCCUUCCAAGGUCGUUCUCAGCAAUGGGAAUAUACAUAAUCUCAACGCCACAGUCCCAAGUGCUGCGAAUCUAUCAACUUGGGACAUCGAAAUUGAGGAUUGGCACGGCGACCCUGAUAACACAUCCUCCAUUGAAACCUUGAUCACUUUGCAUAAAUUCCAAGGCCAACCUCUGAAGUCCUGGAAAGAUCUCAGCAAGAUACUGGAGAAUGUUAGUGGGGUGGGAACUUACACGACAUCAUUCAAAGUCCCGGAUGUCCCGGGUAUUGGAGCAUAUCUUUCGGUUGGCCCCAUCUUCAAUACGAUGCGUGUCUGGGUCAAUGGGAACCUUCUACCGAGUUACCCCGCGGACAACGCAAAGAUUGAUAUCAGUGACUUUAUCUCGCGAGGAAAAGAGAAUGCUAUCAAGAUUGAGGUCACUACGACUUUGUACAAUCGUCUCAGGGCAGAUGCGGACAGUCUUCUGACUAUAGGGAUGCCGUUGUCAAUGAUGGCACCGACUUUUGCGGAUGGUGAGAGGCAAAAUUAUGGAGUCUUGGGGCCUGUAACGAUUGACUGGGUUAUUGGUAAGAAACUUGAUUUGGAAUAG